CCAAGCAAGGUGAUAAACUACUCACCAGUAUGAGAGGUGAAAUGGCUUUGAAUGGUAAAAUCGCAGUAGUAACUGGAGCAGCACUGGGAAUAGGAAAAGCGAUAACGGAGAUACUUUUACAAAACGGUGCUACGGUGGUCCUCCUGGAUGUCAACGACAAUGCAGGGAAGAGUUUAAAGGAAUCCCUCGACAAACAGCACGGACCAGAGAGAACCCUGUUCCUGAACUGUAAUGUUGAGUCAGAGGAGCAGCUCAAAGCUGCAUUUCAGAAAACUGUGCAAACCUUCGGAGGAGUGGACAUCCUGUGCAACAACGCUGGCAUCUUGGAUGAGGGCGCAUGGGAGAAAAGUGUUUCCAUAAACCUCGUGGGUGUUAUCAAGGUAACCUACCUGGCUUUGGAGCUCAUGAACAAGUUGAAUGGAGGUCGUGGAGGAGUCAUCGUCAACAUUGCAUCCAUGGCAGGUCUUGGUGCAUUCGGGUUCUGUCCUGUCUACACGGCCACCAAGCACGGAGUGGUAGGCUUCACUCAAGCCAUGGCGGCUGCUUCUACUGCCUCUGGCUAUGGAAUACGUUUCAACGCCCUUUGCCCAGGCUUGGUCCAAACCGAUCUCUUCACUCAUAUGCUAGACAGAUUAGGACAAUUCUCCCAUCUGGCUGAUAUAAUUGCAAAAUCUACAGGGGUGUUGAAUGUGUCUGAGGUAGCAGAGUGUUUUCUGGAGCUGGUGACGGAUACAACGAAGAAUGGAGAGGCCCUCAUGGUGACACCCACUUUCAAGAAAUACAGGACAUUCCUUCCAUUAAACCAGUAGGUCAUGGCAACAUCAAAACAUCAUACCUGUGUCACAGACUCAUUGACACCUUUUAAAUCACUUCUUAAAACACCUCUUCAUAUCUUGUGUCUUUUAUCAACCCUAGUUGACUAUUGUGUAACGAACGAACCUCUCUGUUUUAUUUUGAA